AUGAAAAAUCAAAGAAUUGAUGCAUUUUUUAAGAGGAAGGCUAAUAUUCAAGAAGGGGAACAUAUAACUUCUACAAUAUCAACACCUGUAGAUAGUUCUUAUACUAUAAUGAAUCACGAAGAAAGUGAGAUACAACCUUCAAAAGUUCAAAGAGUUGCAUCUGAUGAGUUUGACCUUAAUUCUUUGGAACGAGACCCUGGAAAACGGCUUCAAAUUUGGCAAUAUCACCCAAACCAGAAAGAUGAGGUUAGACGAGCUUAUCUUAAAUGGGGUCCAUAUCAAAAGCAUCUUGACAAUUAUCCUCUAUCUGGUACGAAGCAUCCAAGACGAUUUCAAUAUGCUUGGUUUGGUAUUUUUUCUUCAUGGUUAGAGUAUUCACCUUCUGAAGAUGCUGCAUAUUGUUUAUUUUGUUAUUUGGUUAGCAAAAAACCCAGUGGACGUAAUGGGUCAGAUAUUUUUAUUAGUAAAGGGUUUAGAAAUUGGAAAAAAGUUAAUGAUGGAAAGAAUUGUGCUUUUCUUAAACAUAUUGGAGAUCCUUGCUCACCACACAAUAAUGCAGUUGGAGCAUGUCUAGAUUUAUUGAAUCAGGCAAGUCACAUCCAAAAUGUAAUUGAUGAUCAUACUUCUGAGGAAAUUCAAAAGAAUCGAUUGCGUCUAAAAUCCUCCAUUGAUGCAACUCGUUGGCUUACAUUUCAAGCUUGUGCUUUCAGAGGCCAUGAUGAGACUCCAGAAUCAAAAAAUCGAGAAAAUGCUCCAUAUAAUGCUAAAUAUACUUCACAUCAAAUUCAAAAAGAAAUCUUGCAUAUACUCUCAAACAAGGUGAGAAAGCAUAUUUGUGAAGAAAUUGGAGAUUCCAAGUUUUGCAUUGUAGUAGAUGAAGCUCGUGAUGAAUCCAAAAGAGAACAAAUGGCACUUGUUUUGAGAUUUGUUGAUAUACAUGGUUUUAUUCAAGAGCGUUUUCUUGAUCUUGUACAUGUUAAAGAUACUACAUCAUUAACUCUAAAACAAGAAUUGUGCGGUAUUCUUUCUCGACAUGGUCUUGAUGUCUCUAAUAUUCGUGGUCAAGGAUAUGAUGGCGCCAGCAACAUAAGAGGAGAAUGGAAUGGGUUACAAGCAUUAUUCUUAAAAGAUUGUCCUUAUGCUUACUAUAUCCACUGUUUUGCUCACCGAUUACAACUUGCAUUAGUUGCUGCAUCAAGAGAAGUUAUUCCUGUGCAUCAGUUUUUUUUUAAAUUGACUUUCAUCGUCAACAUCAUUUGUUCUUCUAGUAAGCGACAUGAUGAGUUACAUGCUGCCAAGACAGAUGAAAUUGUCCAUUUAUUAGAGAUUGAUGAACUUGAAACUGGUAAAGGGGCAAAUCAAAUUGGUACUUUGAAACGAGCAGGUGAUACUCGAUGGAGUUCUCAUUUCUCUUCUGUUUGCAGUUUGAUAAAUAUGUAUGGUGCAACAUUGAUUGUUUUACAAAAGAUUAUUGUUGAUGGAUCAACUUAUUCUCAGCGUGGUGAUGCAGAUAGUGCUUACAAUACCCUGACCUCAUUUGAGUUUGUAUUGAUCUUGCAUUUGAUGAAAGAUAUGAUGGGAAUAACUGAUAUUCUGUGUCAAGCUUUACAAAAGCAGUCUCAAGACAUAGUUAAUGCUGUGCAACUAGUUCAUUCUACAAAAACACUUAUCCAAAACAUGAGAGAUGACAGAUGGGAGGAAUUAUUAAAAAAUGUGAAAUCAUUUUGUGAGCAACAUGAUAUUCUAAUUCCUGAUUUAACUGCUUCUUAUGUUGCAAGGCAAGGACGCUCGCGUCACCAAAAAGAUCAUAUUACAGUUGAGCAUUAUUUUAGAGUGGAGAUAUUUUUAGUCACAAUUGAUAAGCAAUUACAAGAGUUAAAUAGCAGAUUUAAUGAUCAAGCAAUGGAUCUACUAAGUCUGAGCUCUACUCUCAUGCCUAAGGAUGCUUACAAAAAUUUUGACAUUGCUAAGAUUUCUACUCUUGUUGAUAGCUACUAUCCCGAAGACUUUACUGAACAAGAGAAGAUUAAUUUGCCUUUUCAGCUUCAACAUUUUAUUCUUGAUGUUCGUCAGCAUCCAGAAAUGAAGAAUUUGUCAACUAUUCAUGAACUGUGUAGAUGUUUAGCAGAAACAAAAAAGUCAAAAGUGUAUUACUUGAUUGAUAGAUUGAUUCGUCUGAUAUUAACUCUUCCAGUUUCUACAGCUACUACAGAGCGAUCAUUUUCAGCAAUGAAAAUAAUAAAGACAAGGUUAAGAAACAAGAUGGAGGACGACUUUCUUGCGGAUAGUUUGGUUAUUUACAUUGAGAAAGAAAUUGCUGAAAAGUUUAGUUCUGACUCAAUUAUUGAAGAUUUUAAGUCAUUAAAAACUCGAAGAGUACCAUUAUAA